GCAGAACUGAGAAAUCCUCCACUUUCCGAAGCCGAGGCUUGGAGCUAGUUAGGGCUAGCAUUUAAUGCUAACGCGUGAACAAUAAUAACAACAACAAUAAUAAAUAACAUGCAGUCGUUUUUAAUUAACGUCUCUUUCCUUGUCAUUUUGUUCGGAGGGAUUUCCGCGGAGGGAGAUGGAAGAGGAUUUGGGGAUCAUAUUCACUGGAGAAGCCUGGAUGAUGGGAAGAAAGAGGCAGAAGCGAGUGGACUUCCAGUGAUGGUCAUCAUUCAUAAGACCUGGUGUGGAGCCUGCAAAGCACUCAAGCCCAAGUUCUCAGAGUCGAAGGAGAUCUCUGAACUGGCUCACAACUUCGUCAUGGUUAACUUGGAGGAUGAAGAAGAGCCGAAAGACGAUGCCUUCAGCCCAGACGGAGGCUACAUUCCCAGAAUAAUCUUUUUAGAUCCCAGCGGUAAAGUCCAUCCUGAGAUCACCAACAAGAACGGAAACCCAAACUACAAGUUUUUCUACAGCAACGCUGAUCAAGUCGUAGCCAGCAUGAAGGAGGCUCAGGAGAAGUUGACCGGCGACGAGUUCAGGAAGUCUCACCUGGGCGACGAGCUGUGAAGAGAACCCGGCCUGACUAGCUCACAGCCGGUACACUACACCACCACUCACUAAACUACUGCACCGGUUUAGGUUUCAGCCCUAAACCGUCCACACCUCAUUUCAGCCCACGUCGUAACCACGGACUUCCAAAUCCCCGUCCACGCUGCAACCAAAUAAUUUCCGUUUGUUCUGAAUGGCAUAAAACCAACCAAAGCGGACUGGCUCGGCGUCCGUCGGUCAAGGGUGCUACAGAAUCACUUUCUCCAUGCACCCAUUUCAUCUAGAUGUUAAUCACAGAGCAAUACCUUUCACUCCUCAUCUCUCUCCUCCGCCUCAUUUUUUUUUUUAUUUGUUAAAAUCCUAAUCACGUCACGAGAUCAGCGGGAUAACGAUUGCUUCCAGGCCACACUACAGCCUUAUACACAAAACCUUCGCUAUCCUAAUAUAGACUGACCCCCGCAGAUCUCAAACAGCCCCGUUUCUCAUCCUGCAAAUCUCCAUAAGCCGAUUCCGCAUCGUCUGGAUGCGCCGCUGGUUUUAUAAAGUCUUAAGGGGUUUUAUUGUGAAGCGUCUUUCAGCGGAAACGGAGUGACCCGAAUGUGUGUUUAAUGUGUUUGCCACACUGUAUUUUUUACAUGGAUGUAUGCAGCCUUUUAAGUGUAAAAUUAAACCUUGGUACUCGAAUUA